AGUGCUAGUUUAACAGAUGUUUCUUUGACAUCCGGAAAAGCUUGUAAACAAACGGGUUUCGUAUUACAAAACAAGGAAGAGAGGCUAGACUUUCGCAAUGAAAACAGUAAAUAUUUAGCUGAAUAGAGAAGGAAUAAAACUGCUAAAUAUUUCCGGUGAAGAACAUGGAAGACGAAAAGCGGAACCCGGACUGGAUGUCCCUUCUGCCCGAGGAGCUGCUGGACGUCCCGCUGUGGAACCUGGCUAUACCCGGGAGCCAUGACAGCAUGUCCUUCUGCCUGGAUGUCUCAUCCCCCGUCCUGAGAUCAGAGCCCUGCCUCCUCAGAGCGAUCGACAGGCUGUUUCCCUGCUGGACUCGACCCUGUGUCUCCCGCUGGGCUACCACACAGCAGUCCGUCCUCAGUGAUCAGUGUGAGCUUGGUGUUCGUUUCUUGGACCUGCGGAUCACCAGGAAGCCAGCCGGUGGCAACAAAUUGUUCUUCGCCCACGGCAUCUACACACUGAUGACUGUGAAGGAGGCCCUGGACGAACUGGCUACCUGGUUGGACGCUCAUCCAAAAGAGAUCGUAAUCGUUUCCUGCUCGCAUUUUGAAUCGCUGAUCGAUGAAGAUCACUUCCACCUUGCGGAGUACAUCAUCACGCUGUUCGGAAAGAAACUCUGCACCUCACAGGACAUUCCCACUCUGCGCUCCUGUUGGUCCAGACGUCAGCAGGUCAUUGUUUCCUAUGGGAACCGGCAGAUGGUGCAGCAGCACCAUGAGCUGUGGACUGAAAUACCUUACUGGUAUGCAGACAGCCCAGAUCCUAAGAAAGUGAUUGCCUACCUGGAGGACCAGAAGAACAGAGGAAGACCAGCUGGUUUCUACGUCAGCGGUCUGAACCUGACAGAAGACGCUCCUUACGUCCUCCUCCAUCCGCUCCAGGGCAUGAGGAAGAUGACGAUGAAGGCUCUGUCUCUGCUGCUUCUCUGGGCGGGCGAGCAGCGGCCGGGGCAGGAGGCGGACGCGGUCAACAUCCUCUGCUGCGACUUUGUGGCCGUCAGUCAGUUCUGCUCGCUUGUGAUUGGACUAAAUUACAAACUGCUGAGUGGAGCCGGCGCGCUCGCUGCUGCUGCUCCUCCCCCUCCUAAUUAGACUUUUUAACCAUAAAUAUACAGUUUAAGUCAAAGUUUGACGCAUCUUGGGCGGUGGGUGCAGCAGACUCGUUUUUGAAAUAGUUUUUACUGUAAUAAUGGAUGCAAAAUGAUGAAAGUCAUUAACCGUAUCCUUGUGUCACUGCUGAGCUUUAGUGGCGCCGUCACAUUCCUCAAGAGGAGUCAUGUUUUCAAGGCAGAUCCACAGUAGAGCCGGCACCUUCACACAAAAACACAUCGUUAGACUGAAAGGAAAGGAACAAGACGCCACAAUUCUACCUCGUGUAUCCAUUCAUUAUAUUCUCUUGGAAGAUGCUUACCUGCUUAUUUAUUUUGUAGAGAGAUGAUGCUUUUUAUUUCCCUUUGUGUUAAUAUAAAAGGUUAAGAUAUAGUGCGUCUUUUGUUCAGUUGUUCACCCAGGUGGAGUUGAUGCAGAAGGACUGGAUGAAUAGCUACAAGCUAAGAACAAACACUCACAAUUUCCACACAGGUUUAUUCAAUGAGAAUUCACAAUGUUGCUCACACAAGGAAAACAAAACAGAAAAUAAUACUAAUCUUACUGCAUUGGUUAUGGCACAUGAACAGGUCACUGUAUUCUCCACUUUAAAACCUAUGAAUGAGGACAUCUGUUUCACCACAGUGUUCGUAAGCUAGCUGCAGUGCAUUUACUGCAGAACAAAUCAAAAGCAACAGUGCGUAGACAAACAUUUAUGGCUGAAUCCUAUCCAGAUAUCUGUACAUAAAUCUGUUGACUAUGUGCACAAACUUUGUACCAGAGGAAACCGUUAUCAAUUACACAUGUUUGUGUAGGGUUUGCACAUUUGCUGGAUAUAUUUGGAAAUGUUAUUCUUUGUGAAAGUAUUCACAUCACAUUAUACUAGAAACGGUACUAGCACGGUUUAUAAAAAAUAAAUAUCCAUUUCUUACUGCUGAAAAAUAAGAUUUGAAAUAAUCUUCCCAAGUAAGACAGUUGCAAAAAUACAAAAAGGCGAUUACUCGGGUGUUAUGGGUUACAGAUAUCAGUGUUGGAAAAUAAAAGAAGUUCAAAAAAAACAUACAUUUCAUAUACAAUAACUAGUGUUUAUGUUGCUCCUGGAUGCUGAAAUGUGUUGAUGACUGCACCGAUACUCAGAGUAUUUCAAUUACUCCAUUUUCAACUCCAGCACCGACAAAUACUGUAUAUAAAAAGGUGCUAGAGUUGUAAAUGUGCUGUGUUAAUUGUGGUAGUUCAGACGUAACUUCUACGUAGGAUCACAGUGGUAUAUCCCUCUCUCAGAUAAAUUUACUUUCUGGACAUAUGGACAAGAAUGAGAGGGUUUGCUGUUGUGUGACAAAUCUUGACGGAGAUAUUCCGUAUUCCUUUUUCAGAUGUUUUGGGGGAAAAACACAUGCACAUUGGCUCUGUGACUUCAAUGGAAUGGUCAUAAACGAGAGGCCCAAACUGGGGGAAUCCAGCACCUGUGACCUGUUACUUUGUAAAUCCAUUCACCACGCUGUAAACAGUUUUUGGAACUACUUUCUACAAAGAAAAUAGUCCCUAUGAAAUCAGUCUGUGUGUUCUGUUAAUUACCCAGAGUAAUCAGGACAUUGUCUCUAAAUCUCAACACCUUACUAGCUAGCACUAAGCACGCCAAUUUGAAUAUUUAUAUCAACGUUAUAGCGACUGCUAGCUGACAAGUCACAAACAGCAAAUGAAUGAACCAUUCACAGACAACAAAUAUGGCUGCCGGAGUGUUACUGGGUGUCAUCUGAGCUUAACUUAGGUUCAAUAAGUGGGAUGAUCCUGUUUAGCACCAUUACAAGGGGCUAACACACAAACUAUUUAUUCAUAAGAAAAAAAUACUUAUUUACAAUAGAUAGAAAAGUGUGUGUGGACAAAAGCACGACUUCAUCCGGUGUCGUGUGUGUGUGCGCGUGUGCGUCUAUCUCUUGGCGUGGCUGACGUAGCUGUUCUCGAUGCACAGCACGACGUAGGAGCUGGAGCAGCUGCUGGUGCUCUGCUGGAGCAGACUGCCGCUCUGCAGCGACGACGCCAUGCCGGUUACCGCCCGGUUGCCCACGCGCCACAUCUCGCACAAGCUGUCGACGUGGCCCAACCCGGCGCCGGUU